CACUUAAAGUAGCACUGAAAAAUUCUUUAUCAAACGGAGGGAAGUACUAUAAAUAUAGCCUCUUACCCACUCUAUGUUUCAGCACCAGUCUCAUACACUCAUACCUCAACUAAACAAAUCUCUUUUGAAACUUAAAAGAGAGAGAAAAACAGAGCUAUGGUUACACACAACAACAAUGAAGGUUUGUACAUUGAACAAGGUGUUCAUCCUCCUCAUUUUGACAAAACACUUGAUGAUGAUGGCCGUCCCAAAAGAACUGGGACGGCGUUGACGGCAAGUGCGCACAUAAUAACGGCUGUGAUAGGAUCAGGGGUUUUAUCGUUAGCGUGGGCGAUAGCACAGUUAGGAUGGGCGGUGGGUCCGGCAGUGCUGGUGGCGUUCUCUUUGAUAACGUAUAUGACUUCUACUAUGCUUGCCGACGGUUACCGAUCACCGGACCCUGUUACCGGCAAGAGAAAUUACACUUACAUGGAAGUUGUCCGAGCCAAUUUAGGUGGCAGAAAAGUCCAACUAUGUGGUUUGGCUCAAUACGUUAAUUUGGUAGGCGUAUCAAUUGGAUACACCAUUACUGCCUCUAUUAGUAUGGUAGCGGUGAAAAGAUCGAACUGCUUCCACAAAAACGGGCACCAUGUGAAGUGCAACACAUCAAACAACCCAUACAUGAUUAUAUUCGGGUGCAUACAAAUUUUGCUGAGCCAAAUUCCAAACUUUCACGAACUGUCUUGGCUAUCCAUUGUGGCAGCUAUUAUGUCUUUUGCUUACUCUACUAUUGGUCUUGCCCUGUCUAUUGCCAAAGUUGUAGGAGAUGGGAUAGGGAGAACUUCACUGACAGGAGUAACGGUAGGAGUGGACGUGACAGCUUCAGACAAAGUAUGGAGAUGCUUUCAAGCUUUAGGCGAUAUUGCCUUUGCCUAUGCUUAUUCUAAUGUCCUUGUUGAGAUCCAGGAUCAGAUUCUCCAAAAAAAGAAACUAAUAGAGGACACACUAAAAUCAUCUCCUCCGGAAAACAAAGUAAUGAAGAAAGCAUCCCUUGUUGGAGUAUCUACUACAAGCCUUUUCUAUAUCCUUUGUGGUUGCGUUGGUUAUGCUGCAUUUGGUAACAAGGCCCCCGGAAAUUUUCUCACUGGAUUCGGAUUCUAUGAGCCUUUCUGGCUUGUUGAUUUUGCUAACGUUUGCAUCGCUGUUCAUCUUGUCGGUGCUUAUCAGGUUUUCACCCAACCCGUAUUUGGCUUCGUUGAGUCAUGGGCAAGGAAGCAUUGGCCAGAAAACAAAUUCAUAACAAGGGAACACCCAAUUGUGAUCCCAUUUGGAAGUGGAAUUUACUACCUCAACUGGUUUAGGCUUGUUUGGAGGACAGCAUAUGUGAUAGUAACAGCAAUCUUAGCUAUGUUAUUCCCGUUCUUCAACGAUUUCCUUGGCUUACUUGGGUCGUUGUCAUUUUGGCCACUUACCGUGUUCUUCCCUAUCGAAUUGCACAUCUCACAAGCUAAAGUGCCCAAGUUCUCGACCAAGUGGAUCGCCCUAAAAACGCUUAGUUAUUCCUGUUUGGUAGUGUCGUUGAUAGCUGCAGCUGGCUCGAUUCAGGGACUUGUCGGUUCCGUUAAGAAGUAUAAGCCCUUCCAAGCACAGAAUUGAGAGUCUCUAUUAACUCUUUUGGUUCAAUUUGUUGAAAAUAGCAACAAAAAAAGUGUAUUUUGAGAGCAUUAAGUAGUGUUCUCAUGCAAAAGGUAGACGUUGUAUUAUAGAAGUUUCAAACCGUCUAAGAUGAAUGCCUUUGUUGUGUAAUUAGUGGCACUAGGUAGAUGAUUGGAAGAGUACAACUGAUAAGUUAAUGCCUUAAUUAUGAAUGCAAAGAAUCUUUAAGCUGCAUUUAAACUUUGUUUGAAUUCUUUCUUCCUUGUGAAAUCACGGGGCAACGCAUUAAAUCGCUUACAACGUUAUCUCGAAGAUUGUGAUCUUCACAUCAAGUCGAUAUAGCUCAUAGUCUUACGUUGGCACGAAAGCAAGCAAUGCUGUAAUGGAUAUUCAUUUACGUGCCUAAAAAAAUCGCUGGAUAUCAACUCCUUCAACUUAGUGAACUCCUUACUUUCUGAUAGAUUUUUAUUGGACUUGUAUACAACAAGACCCAUAAGAGAAAAGUUAA